AGAAAAAAAAGAUGAAUUGGCAUCUCUGCUUGAAAUCGUAAACAGUAAACAGUCUGAAGGAAACCGGAGAACUCUCUACUGGCAGACGUGAUUUGGCCGUCGGUGAGAACGGUUCUGAGAUGGCAACACUAGCGAGCGGUCACACGGCCAGCGCGCUCGAGGGAGAAGAGCUGGCGAAACUACUCGAAAAUUUCCCCAACUACAAGGAUGGGCUGAUAAGGUUCUCGCCCGAUGGCUGGGUUUUUACGAAAGCUUUCUGCAAAUUCGCCGACAAGCUUUACAAUUUCGAGUUCCGCGAGGGUGACGUGUUGGUGAUGACGUGGCCCAAGUGUGGAACGACGUGGACGCAGGAGAUCGUGUGGACAAUGAGGAACAACCCGGAUCUGAACAACCCCGAGGCGGACGUGGCCAUCAUGGACCGCGUCCCUUUCAUGGAAGGCGACAUGUUCAGUCCGCCAGAAGAUCCCUCGGGAGAGAACAGUAUGCCCUUGUCCGAAACCUUCAAGAAACUGUGUCCGAAUGCCAACCCCCGAGACGGAGUGUGUCUCCAGAUGGCGCAGGCGACACCCGACCCGCGCACGCUGAAGACCCACUUGCCUUUCUCUCUCUUCGCGGCCCCUGUCCUGGAUAAGGUCAAGGUGGUUUACGUGGCCAGGAACCCGAAGGACACCGUGCUCUCCUACCUGCACCACCACAAGCUCUUCAAGGCGCAGUCCUUCGUGGGAUCCCUCGAGGCGUUCGUCGAUUACUUUUUGGAAGAUGAUUUGAUAUACGGGCCGUACUGGCUGCACCUGAAGGAGGCAUGGCAGCGCCGCGACCACCCCAACCUGCACUUCGUCUUCUACGAGGACCUCAAAGCGGACAUCACGGGCGAACUGAAGAAGCUGGACGCCUUCCUCGGCACGGGGCUCUCCGGAGACCAGCUCGCUAAUGUCGCCAAACACACCAGUUUCGGAGAGAUGAAGUCGAGGAACAACUUGUUCAUCAACAAAGACAUAUUCAAGCACGAAGAGGUCGUCGACCAAGAAGUCCUUAAGAGAGACGGCGGAUUCUUCAGACAAGGUAAAUCUGGCGACUGGAAGGCCAAAUUAACACCUGAAUUAAUUGAGAAGAUGGACAAAUGGAUCAAUGAAAAGUGCGAUUUUGGAAUUAGUUUUAAGUGAUGAUGUACUUAUAAAGUGCGCUGAAUUAAAAGAAAAAAAUGUGAGCACAUGAGACGAGUAAUAAAACAGGUAAAUUAGUAGUCAA